GAACAUAAGAAAGAAGGAGCACGGUUGCAGGCCUACUGGCCUGGUAAACAGGUCCAACAGUUCACACGCACUCGGCACAAUGAUCACCAUCAUCAUCUUGCUCACCAUGAUCAUCACAUCAACUGGUCAACAAACACAGAACCUGACUGCAUUAUUCCACGAGGCACUGACCAAGGACGGGUCGCUGCAGUCAUCAGUCGGGGUGAAAGGUCAGCUGGCAGACUUGGAACUGGUGUACCUACAUCGUCACCCCACCCCGCCGCCCACACCCGCCCACCCCUCUUUACCAACACUGGUCGUCAAUAUACCUAGCAAGCGAUACCCUCCAGCUUCCCCGCUCGUUUAUUCCUUCACAGCGUUCAACAGGCGGUUCAGUCUGAAACUGGUGCCCACGACGCACCUGGUGUCACCCACCGCCCACCUCCUGGAAGUGGGCAGCCCACAGCCAUCACUGCCCACACCCAUCACUCCCACAUUAUGCCACUACACCCACGUUGAUGGGGACAUCACCGCUGCUCUCAGUGCCUGCAGACCUGGCACUCUGGCGGGGUACUUGGUCAGCCGCAACACCACCCUGGAGGUGCGGCCGCUGGAAGGAGCUGCGGCCGAGGCUGUGCACCAAGCCUUCAAGCGAGGAGGUGUCAGGUUAGAGGCAAGGGGCAUGCCACACCUCGUGAGGAGGGUCCCCAACACACCCCCACCACCACGCCCACAACCCUCCAACACUCCUCCACCACGACCACAACCCCCCAACACUCCUCCACCACGACCACAACCCCCCAACACUCCUCCAGCACGUCCACAACCCUCCAACAUGGACGUCGACAUUCCUCCUCCAGCCUGCAAGGAGCCUAUAGGUAACGCUGUUCCAGAUGAUAUGGAGUUUGACCAGGGAGAGAUCCUCACCAUCCCUCCCCAGGCGUGGCAGACAAGCUUGGUAACGGAGGCUGCACUCACUCUCACCCAUACGCCACCCACGGCAGGACCGCCCAUGGCCGCCCAUGCACCACCCACGACAGGACCGCCCAUGGCCGCCCAUACACCACCCACGACAGGACCGCUUAUGGGGACAAGCCCGCAUCUCUUCACCGGAUCACCAGAGGUUAUGAAAAGAUACAUAGACACCAUCACACCACCACCAUCGUCAUCACCACGACCUAACUUCCCUAGCCAACUCGACCAACGUAGAAGGAAGAGAAGUCUGAGUAAGACCAUUGAACUUGGUGUGUUCGUCGACCAGGCUGCCUAUGACCUCUUCUACCCUUACCUGGGGUCACGUGAUGACCUCACACAGUUCAUACUCUGCUACGUGAAUGGGAUCCAGGCGUUGUUCCACCACCCGUCACUGGGACACAAGAUCCGGCUGGUCAUUAACUACGUUGAACUGAUGGUUAAGCAGCCGGCCAGGCUGGUGCACUUCGGUGGUGACCGUGAGAAGUUGUAUGACUCUUUCAGGAUGUACAACCUGGAGAGGAUCAAGAGCACCGCUAACAUGGUGGAUAUUAAACCCUGGGAUAUUGGCAUCCUUAUCUCAGGGCACAACUUCUACACGGUGAAGGCAGGGAGCGGCGACCCCUCAUACUCUACCAUGGGUCUGGCUGCGGUGCGUGGAGUGUGUGUGCCCGAGUACAGUGCUGUCAUCGUUGAGUUGGGUGUUACAGACACAUGGGGUAAGCCAUACCCUACUGCUGGCUUUGCCUCGGUCUAUGUCAUGGCACAUGAGAUCGGUCACAACCUGGGUAUGCUGCACGACGGCUAUGGUAACUCCUGCCCCAAGAAUGGCUACAUUAUGUCUGCCUCUCGCUCCACCAGUGGUGAGACCAACUGGUCUUCCUGCUCCAGGGAAGUCCUCGAAAAAAACAGCGCACCAUGUUUGAACGAAGUGACAGAGGAGAGCCACAGACAUGACCAUACUAAGUUUGAGCAACUGCCAGGGCAAACAUGGGAUGCGUAUGACCAGUGCCGCAUCUUCCUGCGAGAUGAGGAAGCUACACUCUACAACGAGACUCUUGAUCAGAGUGUAUGCGCUUCAGUCAUGUGUCGCAGUCCCAAUCGCAUCGGAUACUUCAAGGCUGGACCUGCCCUAGAUGGGACCUUCUGUGGCAACAAAAGUUGGUGUAUCGCAGGUGUGUGCACACGGUGGAGGAUGGACACAGCACCCAGUGUGGUGGCCGGUGGGUGGGGAGACUGGCACCACAACCAGUGCACCUCUGGCUGUCUCUUCAACGCUCGUGGUGUCGAGGUUUCACAGCGCACCUGUUCGAAUCCCAAGCCCAAGAACACUAUUGAGCGCUGCCAGGGCGUCUCCACCCUCCUCCAUACCUGUGACGAUCAAGAGGUAUGCAAGGGACGCAGGAUGGCAGUGACAGAGUAUGCUGACAAAAAAUGCAAUGAGUUCUCCACAGUGGUGACUGACCUCCAGCCCAUCGGUGCUCAGGCACCCCACAACCCAGGUCGUCAGUGGCAGGCAUGCGCCAUCUUCUGCAAACGAGCUUCAGGAACAUGGUACUCACCUAGAACUGAUCUCAGCUACUUGCCACAUUUUGACACCUACUUUCCUGAUGGUACUCCAUGCCAUGAAGAAACUGGAAAGCAAUUCUACUGCCAGCGCCAUCAGUGUCUUCCUUUGGGGGAACGAGAAGCCAAGUUCCUGCAGAAUCCCGACCCAGAGUGGGAUGUUCAUGUGUACCAAAAUGCUCCACCACAACCUUCCAACAAUACUGUUCCUGUGCAGGUGACCAAAAUUUUCGAGCUCACCAAAAAUAUGGCUCCACUUCAGUCUGAGCCCCUGGAUUUGUACCAUGUGGAAAAUGAGGCCCUGUGGGAAGAUGAUGACUACCUCCAUGUCUGAGCCUCCAGACCAAUACCAGAUGGAAAACGAGGCCCUGUGGGAGGAUGACAACUGCCUCUAUCUCUGAGCCUCUGGACCUAUACCACACGGAGAACAAGAACCUGUGGGGAAAACAACGACUAUCUCCAUGUCUAAGCUCCUGAAUUUGUACCACACGGAGAAUGAAGACCUGUGGGAAGAUGACUACUUCCACAUUUCAGCUCCUGGAUGUAUCAUUUGGAGAGAGGAUCUGUGGAAAGAUAACUCCACAUCUAAUGCCUCACCCCACACUCCAUGUCAAGCUCACAACCACUACAACAAUCAUAAAAGGAAGUAGCCGUAACAUCCUUUACAAAACAAUGGUGGUUUUGUAAUUUAAUACUAGCAUGAUGUCUGAACAAAAAAAAAAAUGAUCUUGUGGAGAAAAACAUUCAGUGAGUCUUGAACAAAGACUGAGCAUGGAGUUUAAUAAUAAUACUGUAAUAAUUUUUAACACCUUGCCCAUCUCCCACCGAGAGAGGGUGACCCAAAAAAGAAACACUUUCACCAUAAUUCACACAUAAUCAGCCUUUGCAGAGGUGCCCAGAUAUGACAGUUUAGGUGUCACUCCAAACAGCCAGUAUCCCAAACCUCUCCUUUGAAGUGCAGGCAUUGUACUUCCCACCUCCAGGACUCAAGCCCAGCUAACCGGUUUCCCUGAAUCCCUUCACAAAAUAUUACCCUGCUCACACUCCAACAGCUCACCAGGUUCCAAAAACCAUUCAUCCUAUUCACUCCUAUCUAACACGCUUCAACAUGCCUGCUGCAUGUCCAGGCCCCUUGCACAUAAAACCUCUUUAACACCCUCCCUCCAUUCUUUUCUAGGUUGACCCCUACUCCUCCCCUCCACUACAGAUUUAUACAUCUUCCAAGUCAUUCUAUUUUGCUCCAUCCUCUCUAAAUGACCAAACCAUCACCAAUAAUAAUAAUAAUAAUGACAUGGGUUUAAACUGACAAAGGUCACAUUGGACUUAACCAAUAAAUUUAUUUCAGCUUAGAGCAGCAUAAAAGAGCACUCUAAAGAUCUAAAUGAAUGUUCUUGAGUAUUACUUUGAGCACUGUAUGAAAGCCAUGAACAUCAUAUACACACACUGUGGCUACAUAUGCAACAUUUUUCAACCUACAUCCUGAUUUCAAACAUUCAUAUACCCAGGGGAAGAUCUACUAUGAAACUAAUAAAGCCUAAGCUUCAAGGGCCCCUAAUCUCAGAGAGCUGCUAAAAGCGACUUUGGUCCACAUUGCUUAAAAAUUUUUGGUUUUCUGCAUGAGAAGGGGUUUUCAGAAAAUAAUAAUAAUAGUGUAGCUAUGCAUGUUGUAAGAGGCUACUAAAAUGCCAGGAGCAAGGGGCUAGUAACCCCUUGUAUAUAAAUUACUAAAUUUAAAAAGAGAAACUUUCGUUUUUCUUUUUGGGCCACCCUGCCUUGGUGGGAUACGGCUGGUUUGUUGAAAAAAAAAAUGGUGUAAUAACAGUUAAAAAUAAAAAUUAAAAGGGUAUCAAAUUAUCAUGUAGGCUAGCCAUUGUUGGUUGCAAAAGUUUUCCCACAACAGUUCAGGCUUCAGGGUCCCAAAAAUGUAGGUCCACCAUUGCAUGUAUGUACAGUAAUUCACGAGUGAUCAAACGAAUGGACAUUGCAGUAGAUGUAUUCAUUAUUAUUGUAACAUUAAUUGACCAGGAUUAUUAAGUGCUCUGGAAUGUACGUACUUUGAUCAGGAAUUACCAUUAUUGGUUUGAAGUGUAUAGUACUUAUUAGCUCAGUCUUUAUUGAUGUGGAUAAUUUUUUAAUUAAUGUUGCAGCAUAAGUUAAUCUGAGGCAGGCAUUAAAUAAAGUAGGUAUGGAAAGGGGCUGAGGUGCUAAACCUGUUAGGGUCAUAUAGUGCCCAGGAAAAUGGGAGGAAAUAGGUUUGAUCCAAAGAAGGGUAUGUCCGAUACUUUAGAUCAAGUGUCCCUUAUUAUAUUUAAAUCAUUCAUAUAUGUUGCAAAACUAUAAAUAUACUCCUCUUGAAGGGGGGCUCCUUGGCGUGGUGAAGAGGCUCUUGGUCUGAGGAAUUAGACCUGUUGGUCUCCUUCCUCAGACCGAACCUAAUUACCCCCCAAUCCCCCUUUCCCUAUCCCAUCCUCCCCUUUUCCCUUUCCUCCUCCCCCUCCCUUUUGCCCUUCCUCUUUUUGGCCUUUGGGAUUUUUCCCACAGGCGCGCUAGUUCCUAGGUAGGGGAAAGGGUACCGGGGUCCAUCCCAUUCCGUUGAGGUUCUUGGCAGUGGCGUAGUUUGCCGUGGAAUCUGGAUCGCCUGGGGAUGUCCCGAUCCCUCUCCGGAAUCCCGUAGAGUGGCUUUGGGUGUCUUUCAGGCGACGGGUGUAUCUCUGGAAGCCACCUUUUGGAUUCCAGGGGUGGUGGCCGAAGGAGGUAUGCUUUGUGGCAGAUAUCCGGCCACCCUCUCUUUUGUCCACCGAGGUAGCUCGGCAGAUGUGAGGUUGCUAUCCAGGAUUGCUGGUUUACUGGCAUGAAGGGUAGGGUAUGGCACGGGUUCCAUGCUGCAUCUACGCUACUUGCAGUGCUAAGGUCCUCUUGGGCGCGGAGGGAGAUUUCUGGCCCUUUCAUUCCUCCUAGGAACUAUCCCUCCCUGGUCCCCCCCUUUUUUUUUUUUAUUCUUUUUUUUAUUUUUAUUUUCUUUUUCUUUUUUUUUUCUUAAAAACAAAAAGAAAGAAAAGUAACCUAACCAUGGAGAACCCAAUCCAUGACCCUGCUACCCCCAGGCCCCUUCUUGAUACCACACCCCGUUCUGACCCCGCCUCGUCUUUGGACCACUCUUCGGACACUCCUCAUGCCUCUGUACCUCUUGCCGGUGCUGUUUCCUCACCCGCUUCAGGUACUGAGGUCUCGACUGACUCCUUUGAUUUAUCUGACCUCCGCUCUCCUUUGACUAUGCUUCCGGCCUCUCCCUCUACGGUGCAGCAAUUUUCGAAUCGCCGGCCCAUUCCACGUCGGACCAACUCUGGUCCCACGCCUAAACGCCAACGACAAUUACCUGCUGAUGAUACUUCUCCACCUUCUCGUUCUUCUCAGAAAAGAUCGACAUGUCCUGCACUCCCUUUCCACGCUCAGUUUCAGACUGCACAAUAGACUAA